GGGCUCGCUAAGAAAUCAAGGAUGAAGCUCCUUUUCGUAGCUGCCUUUGCACUCUUUGUGUUCUCCACAUUUGACAAGGCUGAGUCUUCAGCUUAUGACAAAAUAGUCACCCACAGUCGCAUCAGGGCAAGAAAAGAAGGACCCAAUGUCUGCACGCUCCAGCAGGUCAUGGGGACCAAGAAAAAGUACUUUAGCACUUGUCGUAACUGGUACCAAGGGGCCAUCUGUGGAAAGAAAGCGACUGUGCUUUAUGAGUGCUGCCCUGGGUACAUUAAGCUGGAAGGCAUGCGUGGUUGCCCUGCAGUGGCCCCAAUUGAUCAUGUGUAUGGCACUUUGGGUCUGGUGAAGGCCACCUCAACCCAAAAAUACUCUGAUGUUUCUAAGCUAAGGCCUGAGAUUGAGGGACCUGGAUCCUUCACUUUCUUUGCCCCCAGCAACGAGGCCUGGGAGCUUUUGGAUGAAGAGUCCAGGAGUGCACUGGUCAGCAAUGUCAACAUUGAACUGUACAACGCUCUGCAUUAUCAUAUGGCCAACAAACGCCUCUUGACCAAAGAUUUAAAGAAUGGAAUGACAGUCACCUCCAUGUACAAUGACCUGGGUCUCCAAAUCAACCAUUACUCCAAUGGGGUGGUGACUGUGAACUGCGCCAGGAUUAUCUAUGGCAACCAGGUUUCCACCAAUGGAGUUGUGCAUGUCAUUGACCGUGUUAUCAGCGCUGUUGGAAACACAAUCCAGGAUGUCAUUGAGGUUGACGAUGACCUGACAACUCUGAAUGAUGUGGCUCAAACCACUGGGUUCUUGGAGAAGCUGGGUCAGCCAGGACAUUACACUCUCUUUGCCCCCACCAACGAAGCCUUUGAGAGUCUGGGCAGCGAAGUGUUGGAGAGACUUCAGGGCGACAAGGAGGUCCUCAAAGCUCUCCUGAAUUUUCACCUUCUGGACUCAGUCCAUUGCUCUGAGUCGAUCAUGUCCGGCACCUCUUACGAGACGCUGGAGGGCAACAACAUUGAGAUUGGCUGUGAUGGCGAAAGUUUAACUGUCAACGGCAUCAAGAUGGUGCGCAAGAAGGACAUUGUCACCACCAAUGGUGUCAUCCACCUUAUUGACCAAGUGCUGAUGCCAGACUCAGCUAAGCAGGUGAUGGAACUGGUGGGAAGUUCCCUGUCAACCUUUGGUGACAUGGUGUCCGAGCUGGGCCUGUCUGCUGACAUGAUGUCAGACGCCGAGUACACUUUGCUGGCUCCCCUCAACACUGUCUUUAAUGAUGAAGUGAUGGCCAUGGAUCAGAGGCUGCUCAGGAUUAUCCUGCAGAACCACAUCUUGAAGAAAAAGAUUGUCCUGGGACAGUUGUUUAACGGCCAGCGGCUGGAGACCAUUGGAGGAAAAUUUCUGAGGGUCUUCAUCUAUCGCACAGCUGUGUGCAUUGAGAAUUCCUGUCUGUUGAGAGGCAGUAAAGAAGGAAGCAACGGGGCCCUUCAUCUCAUGAGAACCCUGUUGAAACCGGCAGAAAAAACUAUGUUUGAGAUUCUGACAGAAAAUGGAGGUUUCAAGAUCUUUUUGUCUCUUAUGGAAAGUGCUGGCUUGACUGACCUGCUGAAACAGGAGGGAGACUUUACUCUGUUCGCCCCGAGCGAUAAGGCUUUUGCUGGCAUGAGCAGCAGUGAUCUGUCCUUGUUGAAGAGUGACAUAAAUGCUCUCAGAACCAUUCUCUUGUAUCACAUCAGUAAUGGUAUCUUCAUUGGUGGAGGUCUGGAGGGUGGGGUGACAAACCUUCUCAAGUCUCUUCAAAGCAGCAACCUCAGAGUGUUGUCUGCAAACAACUCAAUGCUAGUGAACUCUGUCCAAAUCCCUGAAUCUGAUAUAAUGGCCACAAAUGGAGUCGUUCACUUCGUCAACCAUGUCUUAUAUCCUGGAGAUAUCCCUGUUGGAAGCCAGGAUUUCCUCAUGCUAUUGAAGAGGCUCAUCACUUACAUGCAAAUCAAGUACAUUUCAGGAUUCAGAUAUCAGGAAAUUCCCCUUACAUUUAUGAAGACGAUCAUCACUCGUGUCCAGCACGUUCCUGAUGUAACCAAAGUCACAAGGGUUAUACAAGGGGAGCCCAGUGUUACCAAGGUUACCAGGGUCAUUGAGGGUCAACCCUCGGUCACUAAGGUUACCAGGGUCAUAGAGGGUCAACCCUCCGUCACUAAGGUUACCAGGGUCAUAGAGGGUCAACCCUCCGUCACUAAGGUUACCAGGGUCAUUGAGGGUGAACCAUCCUUCAGUAAGGUGACCAGGGUCAUUGAGGGUGAACCCUCCUUCACCAAAGUUACCAGGGUCAUUGAUGGCCCUCAGUUCUCAGUCAGCAGUGGCUCCACCAACAUCGCCCUGGAAGAAACUGACCUUUCCAACAUUGAAGGGGAUGCUGAAAGACUUACCAAAAUGAUCCAAGAAGGCAGUACAAGAAGAACUGCUACCCGGAGAGUUUUAGCUGGCAACAGGAGAAAAGUAAGGGACUGAGCAUGGAUGGAUGAGAAUAUCGACGUUGUAAAGGCAGGAGAGAGACACCAAACCCAGAUGUUGAAACUGGUGUUUACAGGGAACACUUCAAAUUUCAGUGAUUUCAAUUAUACUGUAAAAGGUAUUGACAAAAAAUAAAACUAUUCUUAUAAACAAUGUAAUGGUGCUUUGAAUGUAUAUCCAUUAUGAGUAUGCAAUCUCUGAAAAGGAUUCAGCAUAUGUAAACAGUGUUGAAAUUAACAUUUUGGCAUGACUUUUAAAACACGGAGCAAGUCAGGGUAGCAAUAAAAUCUUUUCAAUCCAAGCCAUUAGAGUAGCUAUAAAACAUUUCAGUUCUAAACUUCUCUAUGCUUUUGCUAGAGGUGAAGGUUAAAACAAGAUUUUUUACAAGCUGUUUGGGAAUAGUUAUAAGUCUCAGCAUGGUAAAAGAUUGAAAACAAAAAUGUGUUUUCAGACUUGAACUGUUACAUAGUUUUUAAUUUCUGCGGUUGUAAGUUGUUUAAGGUUUCAUGUACAUUUUCUCUAUGCUUGUAUCACUUGGAUUUGUAUCAAACUGCAGAAUUGUUUCCUUUCUAUUUUUUAAACCUCUCCAAUAAAGAGUAUGUGCCAAUUUGAAAAGGGUAUCUGAAGAGAUUGUAUUAUGUCAUUUUUACUUAGAAGGCUCUAACAUUGAUUCAGAAAAGAGAGUCUAAAAUAGCAAAAGUCAAAUCUAAAUAGUAUGUCUGCAUUUUGUAUUUCCAAGUACAAGGUCUUUAAAUUAGACUGUGAUUUCAGAGUCAACCUUUUAAAUGCCCCAGUCAUUUUUUCUGUAUGUGUAAUAGGGAGCAUGGCAGUCCACUUCUGGAAACUUCCAAGAAGACAUUGUGUAAAAUAUGAAAUAAACUGGGUUUAAUGCGCAAAAAGAA